AAGUCAAGCCCUUUUUCAACAAAAAUAAAAACAAAAAAUGAAGAAGAAAAGAAUAGUCAAGCCCUUCUGCCUCACUCAUCUUACCUGCAUAAUAAACCAGCAAAUUAAAGACACAUGAAGUAUAAGAAAGAUUGGUAGAGUGAACCUGAAGAUAGUGAUCAGAAUAAUCACCUUCAUCAACAUGGCUUCCUUCGAAUUUCCCAUAUGCCUUCUCACCCUCUCCCUCCUAACCUUUCUUAGCCUCACCGCCGAGGCAGCACCCACUUACGCCUCUCACACCUGCUCAAACUCGACCUUUUUCACACCCAACAGCACAUACCAAGCCAACCUCAACCUCCUCCUCUCCGCUCUUUCCUCUAACGCCAACAACCGCAGCGGCUUCUACAAAGCCACGGUCGGCCAGGCCCCUCCCGACGUCGUCAUCGGCCGUUUACUCUGCCGCGCCGAUCUCUCCCCGGACCUCUGUCAAAACUGCAUCUCUACUGCCAUGAGAGAUAUAAGAAAUCGCUGCCCCGCCGACAAGGUGGGGCUAAUCUGGUACGACGAGUGCACGUUACAGUACUCCAACGAGUCCUACCUGAACGACAAGGUGCCCUUCCAAAACUUUCCAACCACCACCCAGAACGUCGUUGAGCUGGACCACUUCAACACGCUGCUGUCAACCACGAUGAAGUCGUUGGCGACACAAGCCGCGAAUUCUCAAUCGGACAAGAAGUUCGCGGCGGUUGAAGUAAAGUUCACGAGCUCACAGAAGCUGUACUGCAUGGUGCAGUGCUCGCCUGAGAUGGACGCCGAACUGUGUAUGAGUUGCUUGGAAAGCGCCAUAGGCUCUCUUCCUCAGUGCUGCACGGGAAAACAAGGCGGAAAGGUUCUGCUUCCGAGCUCCAACAUUAGAUACGAGUUGUUUCCAUUUUACAAUCUGACCACAGUAUCUCCCGGAUCUCCUUCUCUUCCUCCUCCAGGAAAAAGCAAGUCAUCUCUGAUUACUAUCAUCGCCAUUGUUGUCCCAAUUGCUGCUUCUGUCGUGCUUUUCGCCAUUGGAUGUUUCUUCCUGCGUAGAAGAGCAAAGAAGAGUUACAAUUCAUUACUAGUUGAAAAUGUUGUGGCUGAAAUUACAUCUGUAGAGUCCUUGCAAUUUGACUUGGGUACGAUUGAAGCUGCAACAAAUAACUUCUCUGAUGAUAACAAGAUUGGUAAAGGUGGAUUUGGUACGGUUUACAAGGGUAUCUUUUACAAUGGACAAGAAAUAGCAGUGAAGAGGCUAUCCAAAACCUCUGGGCAAGGUGCAGCAGAAUUUAAGAAUGAGGUUAUGCUGGUUGCGAAGCUUCAACAUAGAAAUCUAGUGAGGCUCUUAGGAUUUUGCUUGGAAGGAGAAGAAAAGAUACUCGUUUAUGAAUAUGUGCCCAAAGGAAGCCUUGAUUACUUUUUAUUCGACACCGAAAGGCAAAGACAAUUGGAUUGGUUAAGCCGUUACAAGAUUAUAGGAGGCAUUGCUCGAGGACUUCUUUAUCUUCAUGAAGAUUCUCGGCUUAGAAUUAUACAUCGCGAUCUUAAAGCUAGCAAUGUUUUAUUAGAUGACGAUAUGAAUCCAAAGAUUUCAGAUUUUGGCAUGGCAAAGAUAUUUGUGAUGGAUCAAACCCAAGGAAAUACAAGUAGAAUCGUGGGAACAUAUGGUUACAUGUCUCCGGAGUAUGCAAUGCAUGGACGAUUCUCAGUGAAAUCUGAUGUAUUUAGCUUUGGUGUCUUACUUCUAGAGAUUAUCGGUGGUAAAAGGAACAACUGUUUCUAUCAAUCAGAACAUGAUCAGGACCUCUUAAGCUUUAUCUGGAAACAAUGGAAGAAUGGAACCCCAUUGGCAUUGUUGGAUCCAACCAUGAGAGAUUCUUUUUCAAAAAAUGAAGUCAUUAGAUGCAUCCAUAUUGGGUUACUGUGUGUUCAGGAGGAUCCAGCAAGCCGACCAACAAUGGCAACAAUAGUUCUCAUGCUUGACAGCCACUCUGUUAGCCUGCAACUACCUCAGCAGCCGGCAUUUUUGUUUCGGAGUAGAGCAAAGAAGAACAUGAAAACAAAGGAAGUGUCGCCGGGUGAUUCUACAACAACCCAAUCUGUUCCAUUCUCUGUUGAUGAAGCAUCCAUCACUCAACUAUACCCUCGAUAGUGUGAGGAACCGAGGUGUUUGUCUAUCUUAGUUUUUGUCUAUAUAUCCUAGUGAUUUUCAUAUGGCUUUUGUUUCAGAAAUGUAAAUUUAGGUCCAACAUAUGUACAAACAUAUAUAUAAACGUUUGGAAGUAGACAUCCUUAAUUAAAUUUAGUAGUGAAACAAAUAUUUUUUAUUCUCGAAAAGAGG